AGAGGUUCUACUGUAUAUUCAAACACACACCAAUACUAUACAUGCAAAGACAAUAUAUUAUAUCCAAAAUAAAUAUGUUUCCAAAUAUAAACAAUAAAUUUGAUAAUCGUAUAAUAUAGAUUAAGAAAAUUUUGUGACCAUCCGAGAAAACAUUUCUGCGCAUAGCGCGGAUCCAUAUCUAGCUCAUGUUGUUAAAAAAAAAGAUCUCUGUUCAUAGAACGACUCCGUUUCGUGUAAGACUCGUUAGGGUUUUUCGUGAGAUCACUCGACCGGUUAUUAAACCGGAGAGAAGAGGAGAGAAAGGUUGCUCCGAACAAAAAAAAAAGGAAAAGAGAAGAAAAUAACCCUCUCAAUUCUUGGUUUUGUUCAUCGGCUUCCAUGGACGAUAAAUUGGCAACAUCAGCUUCGACAAUUCCGAAACGAGCUUCUAUUAAAUCCCAUCCCGAUUUUGAUUACUCCAUCCGCAAGCAAAAGCUCAGAGAAAGUUGCUUCAGAAGAGUUAGAGAAGAAAGGACACGUCUGCUGUGGAAAUUGAGACACUCUGAUUGUCAAUCUUUACAUCAGAAGGAGAUUAUCAAUUCUGCUUUCCAUGACAUUGUUUCUGAUGAAUUAAAAAAGAUUGAGGAUUCCCAUGAUAUAUUAUGGGAAUAUGAAGGCCCAGCAGAUGCUUAUGAAGGUGAUAGUGAAGAGAUAUUGCUAGAACUGCAACAUAUGUUUUACAAUGAUUUGAUCUCAGAGACUACCAUAAACGGAUCACAUGUUCAGGCUGAAACAUGGGAUGACGAGGAAGAUGAGUACUUGGCCACCUUAGUUUCUCAGAAUAUGCGUUUAAACGGUGAACAGGGGCCAAACCAGAUAUGGUGUCCGAUCUGCAAGCAAGGCGAGGUUAUGGAGAAUCACCGAUAUAUCUAUUGCAGCAUGUGUGAAAUGCAGCUGAUCAAAGGCGAAGAGGUUAAUCUGAACAUUCUGCAAGAACGGUUAGCGGAAGUGCACACUGAACAUUUUGAGAGAGGAUGCAGAUUGAAACCAAAGUUCUGUGUUCAGAGUCUCUAUAAUUUGAAGGCGUUGUACAUCACAUGUGAAGCUUGUAGUACCUUUGAGGUCGUUGUAUAAGCUCUAACGUAAAUGACACGCAUAAACUUUGGUGUAUAUUAGCUCUUGAGAUCAUCAGGCUUGGUGAAAUCAUGCAUACGUUGCUAACAGUAUUCUGAUUUCUCAAUAUAGCUACAUUAUUCGUAGAUGCCA